AUGGCCUACCGAUCCUCCGCCCCGGACCUCCCCCGCCCGGAGCGCACGACUGAGCGCUGGGACCGCGAGCGCUACGAGCACGAGCGCGACCGUGACCGCUACGGCGACAUGCGCGAGCGCUUCGAGGAGGAGGACGACCACGUGUAUGUGCGACGCGGCACACGUCCCGCAUCGCGACCCGCACCGCGCGACCGCGACCAGGAUGACCGGUCUUCUACCACGGUGGGACCGUCCGACAGAGACAGAGACUGGAACCGCGAGCGGCGGUUCCGUGGCGGCAGAGCAGACGAAGAUGACGACGUUGUCAUUCACGAGCGGUCGCGCGAGAGACGCAGGGUCGUGUACGACGACGAGCCGCCGCAUGUCGUGCGCCGGGAACCUCCCCGACGCGCCGUGUCGCCUCCUCCGUGGCGUCGUCCGGUUUCUCCUCCUCCGCGGGGAGAGGUUGAGGUGGAGAAGUCGCGGGUGGUGUUUGAGAAGGAGCGGUAUCGCAGCCCGUCGCCCGCCCCCAGGAGGCCGCCGGUGAUGCUGAGGCGCCAGUCGAGUCUGGAUACCUUUGACCGCAAGCCGACGAAGCGAUACUGGGAGCGGGAGGAGUACGGGCCGCCCGCGAGAAGGGACGAUUAUCGGGUGCCCCCGUAUGUGGAUAUCCCUCUGCCCAGGACCAAGGCCCUACCGCCGCCGAGGGUUUAUGCCGAGCGGGAGUACGCAGACGAGAUUCAGGUGUCAGAUCCGCACCGGUAUGGGGAUGAUGACUUCCACGCGUACCCUGAGAGGGUGCGUGAGAGGGAGACUGUGAGGACGCGCCGCCGCGAUUCGAGGGUGAGGAGGCGGUCGAGGUCGUCGAGCACGAGCAGUUCAAGCAGCAGUGGCGGCACGGCAUUGACGACGAGGAGUGAGUAUCCCAAGAAGGGCAAAACGCGCAUCCCGGCCCGGCUGGUGUCGAAGCGCGCGCUGAUCGACCUUGGGUACCCGUAUGUCGAGGAGGGCAACGUCAUUAUCGUGCAGAAGGCACUCGGCCAGCAGAACAUAGACGACCUGCUCAAGCUCAGCGAUGAUUACAAAAAGAGUGAACUCGAAAUCGCCGCCGCCCGGUCCACCGCCGGCGACAUUAUUGAAGAGCGCAUCGAGCGCCGAACCGAGAUCUACGAAGGCGCCGCCGCCCUGCCCGCGCCUCCCCCCGCGCCCGUCGCUACCGGUAACGGCCCCAUCAUCGUCGACGCCCAUCCGCCCCAGCAGCCGGUCGAGGUCGUCAAAACAACCGUCAUCCGCGACGUCUCGCCCACCCGGUACACCACCACCUCCUACGACACCACCACUUCGUACGACACAGCCAGCUCGUAUGACACCUACACGACCACGACCAGCUCCCCCACCGUCGUCCUCGACCGCACCCGGGAGGAAUCCACCCACAUCCCCGUCGGCCCCGUCGCGCUCGCAAGCCACAACACGCACCGCUACCCCCAUGGCCACCGGUACGACGUCUACGAGACGGAGGACCUGCGCUCCGAAAUCCGCCACUUGGAGAAGCAGCUGGCGAGGCGGGAACGCAGCCGCCAUCGCAGCCGCCACAGGAGCAUGAGCAGGGGCGGCGAGAUGGUCCGCGCCGAGCGGCUGAGCACCGGCGAGCUGGUCCUGUAUGACGAGGAAGUCGAGAUCGUGCAGGAACCGACGAGGGCUGGGCCCAGGAUCGAGAAGGAUAAGAGAGGUAGGCUGUCUAUUAGCGUGCCGAGGUACCGGUGA